AUGAUGAUGUUUGUGUUUUUAGGGCUUAUCUUCGUGGUGGACAGCAACGACAGGGAGAGGGUGAACGAGGCGAGGGAGGAGUUGUCCCGAAUGCUCGCUGAGGACGAACUCAGAGACGCCGUGCUGCUCGUUUUUGCAAAUAAACAGGAUCUCCCCAACGCUAUGAACGCUGCAGAGAUCACAGACAAGCUGGGCCUGCACGCGCUCCGCCAGCGCAGCUGGUACAUCCAGGCCACCUGCGCCACCAGCGGGGACGGCCUGUACGAGGGUCUGGACUGGCUCUCCAACCAGCUCAAGAACCAGAAAUGAUCCAUUCCACCAGUUUUUGAUUUUUUUGUUUGUUUUUUUGUUUGAUGUUUAUUUUUUUUUCUGUUUCAACACAGCGGCAGCACCGGAACCAG